AUGCAUGGAUUGAACAUCAACGAAUCUCCCUGGGCUGAAAUUUCACGAUCUCUCGACUGUGAAAUUCUGGACAUAAGGAGGCGCUCCGGCAACGAAUUUAGCCAAACCUGCGCCAUUCACUGUUCAUCCCAAGACUACUUCGUCAAAUUGAGUCCGAACAUAGACAGUCUAGAGGCGGAGGAAGACGGGCUCAAAGCCCUUGCCAAUUCGAAAGCAAUCCGAGUGCCCAAACUGAUUCUGUCCGGCACAACCAAUUCCGGUGGUUUUCUGGUUACUGAAUUAUUGAAUCUACACAUGGCAAAACCCUCAUUUCCAAGACUUGCCCAAGACUUGAUCGCACUUCAUCGUACGACCGGAACUAUUUUCGGCUGGCAUCGCGAUAACUACAUUGGCGGAUCUCGUCAACAAAACCCUUUCUGCAAUAACUGGACUGAAUUCUUCCGCGAAGCUCGACUCCACUACCAACUCAGUCUGGCGCAAAAAAACGGAUACAGUUUCAGCCUGCAGACACUCGGCGAGCAGGUGUUGUCGGGCCUCCCGGAGAUCCUCAAUCAUCACGACCCUGUUCCUUCUCUGGUUCACGGCGACCUGUGGCAAGGCAACUGCGGUUUCACUACAGAUGGCGUCCCGGUAAUCUAUGAUCCCGCAAUCUAUUACGGAGACCGCGAGACUGAUCUGGCGAUGAGCCAGUUAUUCGGUGGAUUUCCGCAAGUAUUCUACGAUGCUUACCGAGAGGCCUGGCCACUUGACCCAGGCUGGGAAGUGCGUCAACUCGUCUACAACCUCUACCACAUUCUGAAUCACCUGAACCUGUUCGGUCGAACUUACCUGCAACAGGCAGAGGCCACUGCGAGAAAGAUUUUAAGCGAGAUUCGCUAA